UUCUGACAGGGUGUUGUGACGUCACGCCACUUCCUGUCUCCACCCGUUAGCAGCCAUGAUGCAGGAAGGGCUGGACGACGGACCCGACUUCCUCUCCGAGGAGGACCGGGGUCCGCGGGCGGUGAACGUGGAUCUGCAGACGGACGCCACGCUGCAGGUCGACAUCUCGGACGCUCUGAGCGAGAGAGACAAGGUCAAGUUCACCGUCCACACCAAGAGCACGCUCCCGAACUUCAAGCAGAACGAGUUCUCGGUGGUCCGACAGCACGAAGAAUUCAUCUGGCUGCACGACUCGUUCGUAGAGAACGAAGAAUACGCCGGAUACAUCAUCCCCCCCGCCCCCCCCAGACCAGACUUUGAUGCGUCCAGAGAGAAGCUGCAGAAGCUCGGGGAGGGAGAAGGAUCCAUGACCAAGGAGGAGUUCACCAAGAUGAAGCAGGAGCUGGAGGCAGAGUACCUGGCCAUCUUUAAGAAGACCGUUGCCAUGCACGAGGUCUUCCUGUGUCGCGUGGCGGCUCAUCCUGUUCUCCGGAAAGACCUCAACUUCCACGUCUUCCUGGAGUACAACCAGGACGUGAGUCACACACUGGCUCAGGCUGGUGGCUUGGCCCAUGACAAGGUCAGCCUCCUGGCUUUAGGCUUUACAGAGCCGCUGGUGAGGACAAUGCAAGAAGCCAAGGCCCCUUCCAAAAAUGAGGGUGGCCUACUCGUAAAGACAAGUCAUUGGGAGAGUUUUUGCCACAUGGUGAAAGCUCACCAGGGGGAUCCCUACUCAGCGACAGCACGGGACAUCCUAUCAUUCCUGCCGACCCAGCUGGAGGCAGGAAAGUCACUAUGCCCUCCACAGAAUGUUGGCAGUGGUCAAGCAGUGUGCGUUGGUGCUUCCACACUGAAUAAGCAUGACUGUUCCCUGGUUUCCUGGUUUCUUAGUGGCUUCCAGGAGCCAGCGGUCUGA